AAUCGCUAUCUGAUUUCGCCAUCUUCUCUCCCUCUUGCCAAAUCUCUGCAUCGGCGGCGCAACUACAGGAAGAAAGACGAUCUUUCACAUCCAUUUCUUGCCCUAAAACAUGUCGAGGAGAAAGACGAGAGAGCCAAAGGAAGAGACAGUGACUCUUGGACCAGCUGUUCGUGAUGGAGAGCAAGUCUUCGGUGUUGUCCACAUCUUCGCUUCCUUCAACGACACUUUCAUUCACGUUACUGAUUUGUCUGGACGUGAAACCCUUGUCCGGAUCACUGGUGGAAUGAAGGUGAAAGCUGACAGGGAUGAGUCCUCACCUUACGCAGCUAUGCUUGCUGCUCAAGAUGUUGCCCAGCGUUGCAAGGAGCUUGGAAUCACCGCUAUGCACGUUAAGCUCCGUGCCACGGGUGGAAACAAGACCAAGACACCUGGUCCUGGUGCUCAGUCCGCUCUUAGAGCUCUUGCCCGUUCUGGCAUGAAAAUUGGCCGCAUUGAGGAUGUUACUCCGAUCCCAACGGACAGUACCCGCCGAAAGGGUGGUAGAAGAGGAAGGAGGCUCUGAGUUUUUGGCUUUUUUUGCUCUUUAUUUCAUUUUGUCAGAACAAUGUUUUCUUGAGUUUUCUGAAACAGUUUCGAAGUUGAAUGCUUUUUGUUAAUUGGAACAACAAUUUUUCUGCUCUGAUUAGUCGCAUUCGCGAAUGACUUCAAUUGUUAUUUUUAAAUGCCAUAAUUUUCAUCUCUGAA